AUGCUCGCAACCCCCACGCUCUACCCGGUUCAAUCCACACCCCGCAACCAGACAGGGGAGACCCACUUGGAGAUCUACACUCCCAUCCAGGGCAGCACCCUGCCCACUGGGGAUAAGCCCCAGCCCGUUGAUGUCGUGCACUUCCGCGAGUUGUCAAUUAUCGACGAGGAGAGCGUCACUGGCCUGAGUGACGUUGACACCCAGCAGCAUGAGAAUGACACCCGCCCCCAACUCGCGACGCAGAUGUGCGUGAACCAGGACCUCGGUAUCCAGCUUGCGGGGAAGAAUAGGUACGUUGACCAGUUGGUUAUUGAGGGCCACGCGAUGGCACACGAUCUCGAAGAGAUGCGGUUUCUCCGCACCCUGGUCGGCGAAACAGGUGUAAUCCUGCGAGAGAGUGCAGCCCUGCUGAAGGAGAAUGAGCGCUUGACGGACGAGAAUAAGCGGUUGCGCGAGCAGCAUGCUGGCGGACAGUCAGCGCGCCAGUGGCAGUCCAGGCACGACAAGCUUGCCUCGCAGGUAAAGGCUCGCCAGGCAAAGCUGGCUCCCAAGGCGAACAAGGCCAGGAUGAUCCACGCGGACCUCGACGAGGCUCGGUCGAUGGUAGGCAAACUCCGCUCGCAACCCGCUACGUGGGUCAGAGCCAACGUGGAGGAGUGCGCCCAAUGCGAGGUCAAGGCUGCCGAGGUCACAAAGUUGAAGAACCGCCUAGUCGAGAACACAACCUUCGCCAACGCGCAGAUCCACGGGGCUGUUGAGGAGAUAAAGGCCCUCCGUGUAAAGCUCGAGACCCAGAAGACCCUCACGGAAGAGAGGGAGGCCAAUGCCGGCAAGUUACCGGCUGAUGUGGAUGCCCAGUGGCAAUCCAAGUACGACGCAAAGGAGGCCGAAGUUGCGGCUCUUCGAGCCGAUCUCGACGCCAAGACUACGGACGUAGAAGCGUUGAUGUGCAUGGACGGGGACACGACGGCGAGGGUGUUGCAGACUAAAUGCAAUGAGAUGGGGGCAGAAGUCGCAGCGUUACGCACCAAGCCCGCCCAGGCCUCAACGGAGGAGACCGCGACGCAGCGACAGUUAAGCCACAACGCUGCCCUGUUCAAGAAGUGGCAGUCAAAGUAUGACAUUCUCCACCGUGAGGCGGCUGAGUACAGGAGUAGACUCGAGCGCCAGGCUGCCCUCACACGGCUGUGGCAGUCAAAGUACUACAAGCUGCGCUUUAGCGGGCAGAUUUAG